UCUCAACAGUCAACUUAUCUCAAAUAAUCAAAAAUGCCAAACGUUGUAGCUGUAACCACCAAUGAGAAUUCCUCCGUUGGGCAAGUGAAGAAUUGCAAGAAAAGUGCAAUGAUGCCUACUGAGAUAUCAAUCGAAAAACUGCCCAAUCUGGCAUCUAACUGGUCAACAUUCCUAAGAGACAUCACAAAUGACCGGAAACUAAGAGCUGAGCGCAUAAAUCGCCAGUCGGAGGAUGUUGUCCAAUUCAUAAACAGAUUUCCCCUUUUGGAAUCCAAAGAGAAUUUCACUUUGUCUACUACUAGAAGUGAAAAUCAUAUUUAACACACCCAUAGACUUUCAAAAUUAUAUAUAAU